UUUUCCUUGGGGGGGAAAAUCCUGCUGGGAUGCUCAGGAUCUCGCCAUCGCCUGACAUUCAUUCUCCGGCGUUGGCCGGGGGCCACCGUGGGACCCCCCCCGGGAAUUUUAGCCUGGAAAAGGCUCCCCGCUUCCUGCUGACCCAGCCGGCAGGAUGAGCGCGGCCGCCAGCCCGGAGCCCCUGCCCUCGCCCCCCGCCCCCGGGCCCCGUUAUCUGGAGGGUUUGGCCGAGGACGACCCCGAGUACCUGCGGGCGCGCAACAUGGCGGCCGACCUGCGGCAGGACUUCAACAUGAUGGAGCAGAAGAAGCGGGUCACCAUGAUCCUCCAGAGCCCGUCUUUCAGGGAGGAGCUGGAGAGUCUCAUCCAGGAGCAGAUGAAGAAGGGGAACAACUCGUCCCACGUCUGGGCCCUGCGGCAGAUCGCCGACUUCAUGGCCACCACGUCUCCCGCCGUCCUCCCCACCUCGCCCAUGGGGCUGGCGGCCGUCACCCCCAUCAAUGACCUGCACGGCCCCGAGGCUCCGGCGCUGGCCAAGGGCGAGCGGCUGAUGAGGUGCAAGGUGGGCAGCAUCCACCGCCUGCUCGACCUCUACGGCUGGGCACAGCUGGGACACGCCGCCGUCACCCUGCGGGUCAGCAAGGAGCAGGAGCAUUUCUUGGUGGCCCCGCAGGGGCUGGCGUGCAGCGAGGUGACAGCGGCCAGCCUGAUCAAAGUGAACGUGCUGGGGGCCGUGGUGGAACAGGGCAGCACCGGCUUCGCCCCCGACGCCCGCAGCUUCAGCCUCCACGCCGCCAUCUACGCCGCCCGCCCCGAUGCCCGCUGCAUCAUCCGCUUGCACACUCCGGCCACCGCCGCAGUGUCGGCCAUGCGCUGCGGCGUGCUGCCCAUUUCCCGCGCCGCGCUGCUGCUGGGGGACGUCGCCUACUUCGACUUCCACGGGGAGGUGGAGGACGAAGCCGAUCGGGUCGAGCUCCAAAAAUCUCUCGGCCCCACCUGCAAGAUCCUGGUGCUGCGCAACCACGGGGUGCUGGCGCUGGGCGACACCGCCGAGGAGGCCUUCUACAGCAUCUUCCAUCUGCAGGCGGCCUGCGAGAUCCAGGUGUCGGCGCUGGCGAGCGCCGGCGGCGCGGAGAACCUGAUCAUCCUGGAGCGCGCCAAGCACCGGCCCCACGAGGUGGGCUCGGUGCGCUGGGCCGGCAGCACCUUCGGGCCCAUGCAGAAGAGUCGCUUGGGCGAGCACGAAUUCGAAGCCCUGAUGAGGAUGCUGGACAACCUGGGUUACCGCACGGGCUACACCUACCGCUACCCCUUCGUGCAGGAGAAGAGCAAACCCAAAAGCGAUGUGCUGAUCCCCGCCACGGUGACGGCCUUCGUCUUCGAGGAGGAGGCCGCCCCUGUCCCCGCGCUGCGGCAGCACGCCCAGAAGCAACAGAAGGAGAAGACGCGGUGGCUCAACACCCCCAACACCUACAUGAGGGUCAACGUGGCCGAGGAGCAGCAGGGCAGCGCCGGCAGCCAGAAGACAAAGACGACGUGGCUGAAAGCAGACGAGGUGGAAAAAGGCAGCAGCGGGACCCCCAUCCGAAUCGAGAACCCCAACCAGUUUGUGCCCCUCUACACGGACCCGCAGGAGGUGCUGGAGAUGAGGAACAAGAUCCGGGAACAAAACCGCCAGGACGUGAAGUCGGCCGGGCCCCAGUCGCAGCUGCUGGCCAGCGUGAUCGCCGAGACCAGCCGCAGCCCCUCCACAGACAGCCAUUUGGGGGAUGCGGAGGCGAAAGAGGCAUCCCGGGAGGAGGCACCCCCCGAGCCGGAGCCCCCGAACCCCUUCAGCCAGCUCACCGACCAGGAGCUGGAGGAGUACAAGCAGGAGGUGGAGAGGAAAAAGCUGGGGCUGCAGGGCGAGAAGGACGCCGCGGCAGAGGAGAGCCAGGCUCCCCCCGCCAAAUCGCCCCCCGCCUCCCCGCCGCAGAGCCCGGCCGUGGCACCGGCGGAGAGCCCGGCCCCGACGCCUGCGGAGCCCUCGGAGGGUGACAAGAAGGCGGACGGCGGCCAAGCGCCGGCCGAUUCCACCACCGAGAAGGAGCCACCGGCGGUGGUGAACGGGAAGGAUGAGGAGCAAAGCACCGAGGAAAGCCUGGGCAAAGGGGAGGGCCGGACGACCUCCCCCGCCAACGCAGACCCGGACGCCCCCAAGGAGAAGGAGACGGUAACCAGCAGCCCCGUCUCCCCCGAAGGUUCACCCUCCAAAUCGCCCUCUAAGAAGAAGAAGAAAUUCCGGACCCCGUCUUUCCUGAAAAAAGGCAAAAAGAAGGAAAAGAUCGAAUCUUGAGUCUCCUCCGAGGCCUCCCGCCGCAGCGGCGGCCGGGAACCUCUCCGGACGGAGGCGCCGAGGCGGAGGGACGGCUCCUGCGUCGUGCGUCUGGCCGAGGCGCAGCCGAAAACCCCGGAGGCGAGUUGUUUUCCGGGUACUCCUGGCACGAGGCACCUCGUCCCCUGUCACCCGCUUUUGGAGGCGGUCACCGAGCUUACGAAAGAUUGUGGCCCCUGUUUGCCGCUUGGGGAAAUACCCGCUGCGAUCUCCCUCCUCCCACGAGCUCUCCCUUCUCCCUCCUGGGCACCAGCCCCUUCCCACGAAUGGGCUGAGGGUUGGGUUUUUUUCUUCCCCACUCGCCGCUUGCAGAGCCCUCGUGAAAUGUGGGGCGCAGCCCAGAUCUGCUUGGUUUGAGGAAGAAAAGGGUGUUUUGUUGUUUGGGUUUUUUUUGUUGGUUUUUUUUUUAUGUUCUGUUUCAAGCUCCUCUGGAAUGGCGCUGGCUUCACCCCUGGGGCAAAAUUGUUCACCGCUUAGCCAGGGGAAUCGGACCAAGCUGAACGUGGGGGGGAUUGCUCUCCCCGAAGGAGAGGCCGAGGCUGUGGGCCUGGGAGCCUUUCUUUCCUGGAUUGUAAUCUUCUUCUCCCCGAGCCAGAGAGCCACUUUCAGUCCCCUUCUCCUCGUGCCACUGUCUCACAUAUUCACCCUACGAGGAUUUCACGCUGCCGGGAAAGCCCCUGCUGCACCGCACCAACCGCACCUGAGAAGGGAGAGGAAAAGAGCCUCCGGGAAGUGUCUGCGUUAUUUAAAACUGAGCAAAACUUCACUCACUAAGUGCUACUUCGGGAUGAACACAUGCUGCCGAUUCACUUCAGUCAGAGGCACUGCCGACGCCGCCACCGCCCCCAUCCCCGCCAUCGCUUCACGGCGACGCCGGCACACGCGGCCGUGCCUGUGCCGGGUCUCUGCUUGCACUGACCCCCGGCUCAGCGAGCGCCCGUCCACCCGGCCGAGGCCGGAUUGUUGCUUUUCCCCAGCUCUGGACUCCCGAGCACAAGUUAAAAUCCUCCCUGACGUUGCCUUCCCACCCAGCCUGGCCUCCCCGCCUCCAGCGCGCUCCGUACGGCGACACGACCAUCGUUACAACCUCCCGGCUGCGCCCAAAGAGAAGAAGAAAACCGGUGAUGCCGAUUUGCCCCGGAGCCGCUCCAACGCUGGUAUUUAGGGGACAAAACCAAGGGGAUCAGCCCCCAUCCUCCCACAAACCACAGGGGUUUGCCAUCUUCCAGGGGUGCUUGCCCCAAGCCUGCCCGCACAGGCAGCCUGCCUGCGUAGGCAGCACUGCCCGUGGGGACAGGGCUUCCCUGCCCCAGCCCAAGCGUCUGCCGGGGGCUUGGGCUGAAGUGGGGAGCCCUAGAACCCCCCCUCCGAGGGCACUGGGUUUCCUCACCCCAGUAUGAAUUUCCCAUGCACCACCACCGUGUUUUCAAAGCCUUUUCGCUGCUGCAAGGCAGCUCUCGGCUUUUGUUUUCUCUGGAAGAGCAGAAAGCCCACGGGCCCUCAAUUUUGGGGGGCAGCGAGGACAUGGGGUGGAGCGGGCCGCAGGCAGCUGUGGCUCAAAGAGAGGAGGUUUGUAAACACAGGUUGGUUUUCUUUGCAGGGCUGCGAUACGGGGCGUGCCAGGCAAAUUCUGAAUUGAAAAGUAAAACGUCAAAAGCUUUUAAAAAUUGCAAAAAUACACAGAUGGCAGGUAUGUUGCCGGAGCCCCAGGGCCAACAUGAGCCCGGUUUUCGGGGAGGGUGUUUGCCCUGCCUGAUGUCUGCCCCGAGCUCCAGCGCCGGGGUUAGAGCCACAGCUCCCCAUCACGCUCCUGCAAGGACCGGGGAGGGGCAGGGGGGGGACCCCGAGCUCCUAAAUUCACCAUCUGCAAUGGAAGGCGGGAACACCAGCCUGUGCUUGCGCCUAUAUUCAGUGUCUAUUCAGCAGACAGCCUUUGAGACGCGAACCACAGCUCUGUGACCAUUUCCCGUGGGGUAUUGUUUACUGCUACUGAUUUUGAGGCUUUUUGAGGCCAUUUUUGUCAUCCAGCCUGUCCCCCUGCGUCAUCCAGGCCACGAAAGCCCCCACAGGGGCGGCCGCAUUGCCUCCCCGAGACGGCACGGUCGGUCCCGGGGCAAUUACGUGAAUUACAACACUGCCACACACCCCACUAGCGGACCGGCCAGUGCCACCACAGGGAGGCUGCGGCCCCUUUUUCUCCGAGGGUCUGUCCCCAGGGGCUUUGCGACCCCUUUUUUCCGAGGGCCAGGGCCUUUGCAGAGGAGACCGGCAUUUAUUUCCCCUCACUAUGGAAAUCUGGGGUGUGUUAGGCGUCUCGUGCAGCAUAAGGAAGCGAGAGACACCGGUGCCUUCAGCAGGGAGGAAGGCUCCAAUGGCCGCCACCGUGACGUGGGUCCUCGCCGCUUAGCUAGAAGAAAACAGAUACAGGAUCACAUCGAUGCCGCGGCUCCCCAGUCUGUCAGGGCAUCCCCGCUCCCCCCAGGACCACCCCUCCGGAUCACGUUCCCCCUCUCCCCUGCCAGCGUUUUGCCCGCUGCCUGCCGCUUGCAGGCAGGCCCCCGUCUCGCUGCUUUCUUCUCAUCUCUUUUUGGCAAGGCUGCCUGCACCCAACCACCCCAGGCCGUGCUCUGGGUGUGGGUUUUCUGCGGCAGGGAGGCAGGGAUGUAUCCCUGGCUGCCGGCUGCAAGGCAAACGGUUGAUCCGGUGCCCCGAGAGGUGCCGAUUGCCGCCCACGGGCCUGGCACUCGUCGCCCUCCGCAUCCGCGCCCUCAGCUGAGAAGAAGAGCGGCCGGAUUUCCAUCUCUGGCCACAGAUGCGCCGACAUGCCGCAGGCAAGGAGGGCGAUGCCGGGGCUUCAACCGGAUUCAGCACCCGUUUCGCCACCUGGGGCUGGCAGACGCCCCCCGAGCCCAGCCCGGAGGACCCCGGCGAAGGUGCGGUUGCUGAACACCCACCGAAAUGAGGCCGAGAGGAGGCUGCCCGGCCCCCCCCUACCCCCCCGGGUCUGCCACCGCGGCCGGAGGGGAGGACGAGCGGGGUGUCCCCCGGCACUGUGGGCUGGAUCAGGGCAACCGCCGGUGUCUGACAAUCGUCGCUGGAAAGCGCUGUGUAACGCCUGGCUGUAAAUAAACCCUGUGUUUGGCA